AUGAGCUCCCCGGCGUCAAGCUCGAAGCGAAUGCGGCUGUCCACGUCAAGAACGUCGCUCUCUGGACGCAAGAGCAUUUCAGGAGCACAGUCAGCAUUGCUUCGACCGACUUCUUCCGCUGGUCAUAAUCGACAGACCACUACGCAACCUACCUACGAUUUCAUCUCGGGAGGACCGGUUGAUCACUCUCAUCAGCCAUUGAGACAGUCUAGAGUUCGCCAACCGUCAGUAGCGCGCCCAGACCCGACGCAAGAUGAGAAUCUGCGCGCGAAGAUCAACUCCCUCGAGUACGAGCUAAAGAAUUUACAGCAGGAGCGCGGGCUUCUGGCACUGCAGCAUGAGAAGGAAUUGCGUGACCAACAAGUCAGGGCCGAGAAUGACUUCAAGAAGUAUCAGACGGCCGAAAGCGCCGCCCAGAAGGCGACACAGAGGCAAGAGGCCAUGGCAAAAGAGCUGCGCGAAUUGCAGGACCAGCGGACGAACGAGAAGGCUGCGCUGGAACGGCAACUACGAGAUCUGCAAGACCAGAAUGCUUCUCUCAAGGAGGACGCAGAAGAUGCGCAGGCACGUCUGGCUGACCAGGAAAGACAUUACAACCACCAACUCAACGAUAUCGAGGCGAAACGCGCCGCACUCCAAGAGACGGUCGAUAGUGUAAGACAGGAAUUGGAAGAAUUGAGCCGACAAUUCGAGUCAUCACAAACCCGUCUGUCCGAGCGAGAUGCAAGAAUCGAAGCACUUGAAUCCGAGCUGGGCGCCUCAAGAUCGCACUCUGCAGACAGCGAGGCGCUGGGGGUCCUGCAAAACCAGCUAUCUGAGCAAGUGACACACAUCCGAAAACUCGAGUCGACGAAUAGGGAACAACUGGGCGAAUUGCGGCGGCUACGAGACGCCCAUCGCAGUGUUCAGGUUGUAGAAGAGCAGAAGCAUGGCUUGGAGAACGAGCUUCUAGUGCUGAAGGAUGUUCAGAGACAACUAGGCGAAGCACAGAUCCAGAAAGAGAUACUCGAGGACGAGAAGAGAACGUGGACAAGCCUGUUAGAGCGAGAAGGACAAGAGCCCGAAUUUGAUACCCCUGAAGCUGUGGUGAAGGCUCUAAUCCAGCAGCGGAUCGAGUGCGCAUCAAUCACCGACAGACUCGGCACGAUCGAGAGUGAAAUGGCCGAAAAGGAUCAAAUCAUUAAAGCGUUGGAGGGAGAAAAGGUGGAGCUCAAGACGGAGAUGGAGAAAAUGAGAUCCAAUCAAACUGCACAGGAAGCUGGUCAGGGCAACAAAGCCUAUAAAAGGCUUGAGCGACAGCGAGUGCUUGCUGUCAAGGAAGUGGAAUACCUGCGGGCACAACUGAAGACUUUCGACACGGAAGAGACUGUAUUGAUGGACAACCAGAACUUCGACGCCCAACGAGCCGAGCAGAUCAAGAGCUUGGAAAAUCUAGUUGAUCAGUACAAGGCUGAGGUGCAGACUCUGCACUCAGACCUGUCGAAGCUGGAAACCGCACCUCCGACGAGCGCUCACAUUCAAGAAGAACCCCGUGGAACGAAGCGGCCGGCCAAUUCGCAGGAUCCUGAAGGUGAUGGUAAUUCCCAACUUGGAGCACUGUUACGGAAGAACAAGAAUCUGCAGAUUGCUUUGCAGAAGACAGCUCAACAGUCACAGAUGCUGGCGACGGAUCUCCAAGCGACCAAAGGACAGCUCAAGGCUUUGAGAGAAAGCUCGAAGACUCGAGUGCUUGAACUACGAGACAACCCCACGGCAAAGGCCGAAGCGAUAAAGAUGUCGACCUUGCGGACUCUCAAGGAAGAGAACAAGGGGCUCCUGGCGCAGCUGCGUGGAGAAGACCUCCAAGGCGCGAGGACUGUUCCUGCCAGUUCGGUCGAUGCGCUCAACCUCGAUUUGAAGGACAUGGAAAUGGUCGUGGCCGAGAAAGAGAAGCGCAUGAGACGACAACGGGAGAUAUGGACCCAAAAAGCCGCCGAGUUUCGUGACGUUAUUGCAAGCGUCCUAGGCUACAAGGUCAACUUCCUGCCGAACGGGAAGGCCAAGGUGUCGAGCAUGUAUUAUGGUGGCCCUCACGAUGCAGGAGACCCGGAUGAGGAGGAGGAAGACGAUGAUCAUUACAUUAUCUUCGACGGAGACAAUGGGACAAUGAAGAUAAGUGGAGGUUCUGACAGCCCCUUUGCUCAGGAGAUCAAGGACCUGAUCAACUUCUGGGUCAAGGAGAAGAAGCAGAUUCCAUGCUUCCUCGCCGCCAUGACGCUGGAGUUCUACGAAAAGUUCAGCACAAAGGAAAAUGAGGCAUGA